AUGGAAAGUUUGCUACCAAGAAUGAGCAGUCUAUUCUCAUUUUCAGGGCCGAGUAAAUUUGGACCACAUUUGCUGAUCUGGACUUUCGUGUCUCCGCUGAAGCUGCUGAGCGCUCUGAACCCGGGCGCCAAGAAAGCGGCCGCACAAACCCUGGCAGCAGGGGGUCGAAGCUGGCGCUUUGGGAGAGCUGAGCCGGGCAGAGAUACGCUUGCGCGAUUCCACCAGGACACCGCGCGGCGUCGUGCGGAGUCGGCUGCUGACGCUGAUCUCCUCUGGAGAAUGCACUGUGACAUCAAUCUCGACAGCACCCUGGCGAUCUUAGCCCGUGGCCGCUCGAGAAGGUGGCUGCAGAUUGCAGUUGAUCGCUGGGAACGAAGAGGUCAGCGCAGAGCUUUUGCAAGGCAACGAACCCGUGUUCACCACCUCCUGGUGCCCAAGGGAUCCUGCGCAAAGCAAACAGUGUUUCCAAAAGUGCCAUGCCCCAGAGCGCUGUCAAGCAACUGCGAUCGCCAGAGGCCUUGGAGGAACGGCGCUUUCGUUUUAGUGUGCAGCGCCGUUGCAAAACCAUUUAGAUGGUCUCCGGAGUGA